CGAGGGGGUGCGUAGGGCUGGGUGGAUCGCGAUCGUCUCUCAGGCAGGUCUCGGCCGCUGCCGUGAGGGAGCCUCUGGCGCGGCUCCUCGGGGGGCUGCCCCCAGCCGGAGAAUUCAGAGGAGAGGCUAUCAUGUCGCAAGACUGCAACGAUGAGUGGGAGCUGAGCAAAGAGAAUGUGCAGCCCCUCAGGCAGGGCCGGGUCAUGUCCACCUUGCAGGAAGCACUGGCUCAGCAGGAGGCUUCCACUCACACUGCUGUUCAGCUCAAAAAACAAGAGUUUGAAUCAGAGAUCCGAUUUUAUUCUGGUGAUGAUCCAUUGGAUGUUUGGGACCGGUACAUCAAGUGGACAGAGCAAACCUUCCCCCAAGGCGGAAAGGAGAGUAAUCUCUCAGCAAUAUUGGAAAGGGCAGUGAGAGCGCUCAAUGAAGAGAAGAGAUACUACAAAGAUUCCCGCUAUCUUAAUCUCUGGCUCAAGUUUGGAAAUUGCUGUAAUGAGCCCUUGGAUCUAUACAGUUACCUGCAUAGCCAGGAAAUUGGUACAACAUUGGCACUACUCUAUAUCACGUGGGCAGAAGAACUUGAGGCUAGAGGAAGCUUUAAGAAAGCUGAUUUAAUAUUCCAGGAAGGCCUUAAUCGCAAGGCAGAGCCUUUGGACAAACUCCAGUCCCAUCACAGGCAGUUUCAGACCCGUGUUUCUCGGCAGACACUACUGGGGCUUGAGGAAGCUACUGAUGAAAGAGACACUAGUCUUCUGGGAACUGAAGAACCUCAGAGAAGCUCGCUGGCAGAUCUAAAAGGCAGGGGGAAGAAAAAAGUGAGAGCUCCGAUUAGUCGUGUAGGAGAUGCACUUAAAGCCACAAACCAAAACAGAAGUCUCCAGACUCUAACUUCUCAGCAGCUUUCAAAUAAUCCAGGUUUUGCUGUGUUUGAUGAAAAUUCAGCUUUGGCUUCUGGACCUGAAAUUCCUGUACUUAUGCCACAGUCAUGGGCAGCACCUCCAGUUCCAAGGGCCAAGGAGAAUGAACAAAGUGCAGGACCUUGGAAUUCUGGAAGGCGUCCUCACAGCAGUGCAAAUUCUGGCAUAGAAAUGUCCUGUCCACUGCCCAGUUUCACCCCAUAUGUGGAAGAAUCAGCUCAGCAGCAAGUCAUGACUCCCUGCAAGAUUGAACCCAGCAUAAGCAGUGUUUUAAGUGCUCGCAAGCCUCAGAAGGAGGAGGAUCCACUACGGCGGGUGCAAAAUCAUCAUCUGGAUAAUCAAGAAAAGAAAGAGAUGGUGAUGUAUUGUAAAGACAAAGUUUAUGCAGGAGUGGAAGAGUUCUCAUUGGAAGAGAUUCGAGCUGAAGUCUACAGAAAGAAAGCAAAAAAGAAAGCUGAAGAGGAGUUGCAGGCCAUAAUGCAGAAGAAGGAGGAAAUACAAAGGAAAAUUGAGGCGCUGGAGAAGAAAUUAAAGGAGAAAGAAGAUGACAAGCAGCAGCAACAAUCAUGUGAACAGCCAACAGAGAUAACAAAGCCUUUUCCAUCUCUGGGACAACAAGAACUUAAUUUUUCGAGUGCAACAGAACUUGGGGUGAAAGAGCCUCGCUUGGAAAGUGAAUACCAGCCCUCAGAAGAUAUUAAGCUGCACAAACCAUCUUGUUCCGAAGAUGUAGUUUUCCUUCCAUCAACAGAUCCGUGUAUGUCUUUCUCCAUAUUUGACGAAUCAUCUACUUCAGCAAACCAGAAUAUAAGUUGUUCCACAGAUCAUACAAAGAAAAGUGCCCAGCGCCCUCUCGCUGUUCGUAAACCUUCAGAAUCUGCCACUGCGAAGGAAAACAUACCACCAGAAGCCUGUGAUGAGCUGAAUGGAAUUGAGCCUUUGACUGAAGAUGCAAUUGUGACAGGCUCCUACAAGAACAAAACCCUUUGUGCCAACCCAGAAGACACAUGUGACUUUGUUAGGGCUGCCCAUCUUGCCUCAACUCCCUUUCACGGGGUGGUAGCUCAGAGAAUCCCAGAUCCUGCUUAUUCACAGAGUGUUCUGAAGGAAGACUGUCCAGAAUCGAAGAGUGCACCUCUGAAUCAAAAAACACCAGUUUGUGAGGGGACAUACAAUGAAGCUCUUUGUGUAAAUAAACUGAGUCCAAUCAUGGAAGCAAGCCUGGAAGAUACUCGUUCAUCAGGUUCUUCUGUCUCCUCAGGAUCUUCUCUUUCUUCUGUUACACAAAUAUCCACAAUUAAAUACCUGCACAUCCCUGAGAAACUGGAACUUGCUCAGACUUUGCCUGCUGAAACAAUUACUGAUUCUGGAGGUAUCAGUGAAAACAUUACUGGUGGUGUAACUCCACUCUUGUGGAGUGCUGAACAGCAUAAAAAGCUUUUAGAUCCCAUGCCAGAAUCUUUGACUGCUUCUCCAGAUUUUCACUUGGAGACUGGGUCUGUGCCUGUCAUGGAGUUCGAGAAAGACAUUGAGCUAGGAGAUGAGACUUACUCUAUCAAAUGGGAAUAUUGGACCAAUGAAGAAUACAAGAUGUUUUUUGCCAUUCUAGCUAACUUUACCCAGUUGGAUGCAAAGGGAUUUGUAAUAAAGGUGUAUUCUCAGCCUGUGCCUUGGGACUUUUAUAUCACGCUUCAAUUACAGGAGCGUUUGAAUACUGACUUUGACCAAAGCUUCAGUGAAAACCGCAGCUGUUUCUUCUAUCAGGAUGGCUGUGUGAUUCUGCACAGGGAUGUAAAUCGCUUUACGCUUGGGGAUCUUAUUCGUGGCUGCAAGUCUAUCACAAAGGAAGUUAUCCUGCUGGUUGUUCAUGAUCUCCUGAGCGUGGUUGAGAAGCUCCACAAAGCAGAAAUUGUCCAUGGAGAUCUCAGGCCAGAGGUGCUCUUUCUGGGAGACAGUAUCUGUGACCCAUUUGGUUAUGAUAAGAUGACAAGAGCUCUGAAGGUAGUGGAUUUCUCUCACAGUGUGGAUUUGAGAUUGCAGUCUCAAGUAAGCUUGCUCAAUAGUUUUCCAAUAUCUCAGACGCCUCAUGGACAACAGCUUCUGGCAAAAAGUUCCCUUCCUUAUCAGGUAGACUUGGUUGGCAUUGCAGAUAUAGUCCAUUUGAUGCUGUUUGGUGAUCACAUCCAGGUCUAUCAAGAGAAUUCCAUCUGGAAAAUCAGCCAAAAUGUAUCAGAGACUGGUGGUGGUGAUUUCUGGCAUAAACUUCUUGAGCGAUUUUUGAAUGCAGAUGGUAAGUCCACAGUGCCUCUGCUGAGGGAGUUCAGAGAGGAAAUAAGUGGCAAGUUUGACAGUGGUUUCCAAAAACGUCUUUAUGAAUUCUUAGCAGCACUGGGAGAAACCUUCGUCUUGGACAACUUCCUCUGAUUUCAUAGAGGACAAAUCUCAUGUGUAUUAUAGAAGGGAAGUUAACUUAUUUCUUUCAAACGUAAGCAUGAGCAGCAAUUGUAGACAUUUCUACGGGACUUGCUAAAGAAUGUUGCAUCAGUGCAUAGGUAUCCUAAAACUGUUAGGUGAACUAGUCUGUGUCUGCGAAGUUUGCCAGAGAAAAUAAGCUGUCAUAACUGCCCACUCCCCUUUCUGUAUAGCUUCUCAGAAAUGAAUUCAAUAUCUAGUUCACCCUGUAGUCUUUGAAGUGUCUUUGCCCUACAUUUAGUUGUUCUAUAGUACUGCUUUUAAUCACUGUUUCAUCAAUAAAGUUGUUUUUUGAUAGUA